AUGAUGAAAUCAAGAAUGUUGACAUGUAACCAUCCACUUCCUCCGGAUCGGUACAACGAAAGGGUGGAGGAUCAUUUGCGAAUUACCGGGUUCUAUCAUGCAUCUCAGAUUGGGAUAGUGCAGUGUCAGAAAGCAUUGGUAAAUGCUCUAAUUGAACGUUGGCACCCAGAGACACAUACGUUCCACCUUCCCAUUGGUGAAUGUGCUGUGACACUUGAAGAUGUAGCUCUGAUUCUUGGUCUUCCCACAGAUGGUCUUCCAGUCACAGGGAUGACAAUGAGCAGUUUUGAAGCGUUGGAGGCGGAGUGUUUGCUUCAAUUUGGAGUUGCACCGCGUAUGUCUGAUUGUAGAUCUAGUUGCAUAAAACUUACCUGGCUGCGUGAUCUAAAGGAAAAUUUACAGUUGAUUGAUGAUAUCAGUAUGCAGAGUAUUGGUCAGUAUAGUUGGGGAGCGGCAUGCCUGGCACAUCUCUACAGGGCAUUAUGCCGGGCAUCCCGUUUUAACUACAAGGAAAUGGAUGGUCCACUGACACUUCUACUCUGUUGGGCUUGGAUCAGGCUGCCAUACCUAUCGCCGCUACCUAGGGAACCUCGAAGUUUUCCGCUAGCAAACAGGUGGCGGAACUGGGAGCGUGGUGACCGACGAUAUAGAUAUAUGAAGUUAGCUCACUUUAGGAAGACAUUUGAUGAACUUCAGGAAGGGCAGUUUGUUUGGGUUGCUUAUGCUGUGGAUCGGGUGGAUCCGAACAUCAUUCCUCCUGAAAUCUACAUGCAAAUAUUUUUUCUACUGCCCUUUGCUUAG